AAAGUUGCCAAGUUUGCCAAGAGGGGUUUGGAGAUACUUAAUUUGGCUAUCUUAGAGCCAGUUGAGGUUUGGGGGGUUAAUCCACUCCCAACUGCCUUGCCAGGAGGAGGUAGCGCGCGCACUAGCGUCGAUGAUAAUCAUCGAGACUUUGGUUUGCUGCCUUUACCUCAAUUGGCUUCUCCUUCAAACAGGCCUAGCACUCCAGACAGGUCCCAGCUUGGACUCAUGCCACCAACUCAUGACCGCCAGGUCCUUAGGAAACCUAGCGUCGCAGUCAUUCCUUCCACACCACCCUCUUCUAUCAACAUUUCUGGCGGCACUACCCCUCAAAAUGGAACUAAAAGGUUCCUUGGAAGGAUGUUCAAGAAGCGUGAUCCAUCUCGUCCCCUUUCCAUCAUUGAAGUCGGUACACCAUCUACAGUAGUAACCCCACGCAGCACGUCGCAUACGCGUACUCAUUCUACCGCGCGUCAAUCCUAUGACUUCUCACCCCACUCCGAAGCGCCACUUAUGACCGACAAGAUGUCAUCACCCCCGAUACAAAACCCAUCAUCCACACUCUGUCCUCCAGUACUUGGUAUCCAACCUGCGCUCUAUCCACCUAUAUAUCCCCCCAAAGGCCGGCCUACGAUGUACGUCUGGGUCGUUCGCAAGUGGCUCAAGGGCUGCGAUAACGGCCUGCUGAACGAGAUGAUGGGCAAGCUCAGUAUCAACAGCCGCAGUGAAUCAAACGCGUCAUAUUUUCCUACGGGUUCUUCACAGGUCGAAGUACGAUUUGAGUGGUCCAGAGGGAAGAGCGGGCGGAAACGUGAUAGGGAACGCGGUCGUAAGGAUGGCGUAUCCAGAAAAGCUUC